AUGGGAUUGCAUGCAAGAAUUCGGCAUUACUUUGCAGGAUCCGCAUGCGACGUGUUCAUAAACCAUCGUACGGUUGAUACGAGACGUACGGUGGUUCGGUUGCUGUACGACCAUCUGAAGCAGCAAGGACGUAAGCCGUUCUUGGACGCAGAAAAUCUAAAACCUGGAGACAGAUUGUUGGACACGAUUGAGGAAGCUGUACGACGAUGUAAGGUUGGGGUUACUGUGUUUUCACCUCGUUACUGUGAAUCUUAUUUCUGUCUCCACGAGCUCUCACUGCUCGUGAAAUCAAAGAAACGAAUCGUUCCGAUUUUCUACGACGUGAAGCCGUCCCAGCUUGAGGUGAUUAAGAACAGUGCUGGAAUAUUGAGCUGCUCCCAGAAAGAUCUGCAGAGGUUUCAUUUGGCAAUUGAAGAAGCUAAAUGCAUUGUGGGGCUGCCCUUCGACUCCUCAAAAGGUGACUGGUCGGACCUGGUACGUAAAGCUUCAGAUGCAGUGAUGAGCAACUUGUACGUCAGUGCAUGA